GGUUAGGGUGUGUCCCUGAUGAUGUGUCUCUGUCCCCAGAGUCCCCCUGUCUGUCCUCCCUCUCCAUCGGCAGUAAUGAGCGGGCUCCGUCGGCGACGCCGUCCGAGUCCUCCGACCGCCGCCCGCUGAGCCUCGUCUCCACGCUGUCCUCGGGCUCCUGGUCGUCCCGGGAGGACACCAUCCCCCCUCCGGAUCCCGUCCCCAGCCCCGAGGGGGAGGGGUCCGACAGCAAGGGGCGGAGCCUCGGCCUGGAGCACAAGAACAACAACAACAACAACACAGACGCUUCAGAAACCGCGGCAACGUGGGGACAGAACAGAGCUCUGAGCCGGCGCCAGCAGCCGGCGGUCGCCAUGGCACCCAGCGCUCAGCUGACCUACCUGGACCGCGUUGUCAUGGAGAUCAUCGAGACGGAGAGGAUGUACGUCAGAGACCUGCGCAUGAUCGUAGAGGUGAGACACACUUCCAGCUCUGUGGCGAGAUCUCACGGGAUCUCAUGA